AUGGACCGGGAUUGCGUGAAGCCAGGACGUGGGGCGGCUGCCGGCAUCUGCGCUAUGAUCAGGAGUUCGGGUUACUUCGUCCGGGCCCGAGAGGGAAGAGAUGACAUCUAUACGCGAUACUUGCGUGGGCGCGUGGAGAACGCGCAGCUGGACCACCGAGGCUGGGUUACAGGGACCAAGGUCGGCCCGUGGCGAUCUGUAAGGGUUGGGGGCCCCCCCUCGUGCUACGGCGUCGGUCCUCGUCAGCGAGAGCACGUUGAGGAUCCAGGACCAAGAGCUGGCUGGGAUGCCUCGGCGAGGAACCGGGGUGGGACAGAGGUAGAUGUUGGGACUUCUCCAGGGGGGACCGCCUCGGAGGAGAAGACGCAGACGGAGAUCGCAGGAGGAAGUGGCAAGUUUUUCGCUCCGCCUUGUUCGCAGUGUGACUUUGUCUUCGCAAGUGGCACGCCGCCACAGCAGCAGCGCACAGGUUCUCCGCCUUUUUUACACAGGUACUUUCUCUUACUCCUUCGUGUGUUCUUGCACCCUGCCCGGCCACCAAACGAACCUGGGAGUCUGGCCGUGCUUCUGUCAGGGGAGGCUUUUUUAUAA